UUUCAUGUCACGGGCAUGAGCUGUUUACCAUCUGCCUUUCUCUCCCAGCCUCCUCCUCGCCAAAACCGAGGAAAGGACAUUCGAAAUACGACGGAGGACCGGGAGCCUGACAGCCAGGUGAAAAGCCAACCAGACUUCAUAAAGGAAAGAUUGGCACUGUUUGAGAUAUUGAAGAAAGAGCAUCAGCUGUCACGUGCCCCCGGUGGGAGCGAGGGGAGCGCAGGCAAUGCGAUCACAGUGAGAGUGGCUGAUGGGAAAACCGUGGAAGGGGAAGCGUGGAAAACCACACCAUACCAGGUGGCUGCUGACAUCAGUCGAGAACUGGCCGAAAGCACCGUAAUAGCCAAGGUCAAUGGUGAAUUAUGGGACUUGGACCGCCCGCUGGAGGGGGACUCCACGCUGGAGCUGCUUACGUUUGACAAUGAGGAAGCACAGGCUGUGAGACUGGAAAGUGUGUUGAUUCUCACCUGCUCCCCCUGCAGAGCCGUGUCCAGCACAGAGCUGCCGGCGCUGGAGAGCAUCUGUCAGACGAUUAUAAAGGAAAAGCAGCCUUUUGAAAGAUUGGAAGUCAGCAAGGACGUCCUUCUGGAAAUGUUUAAGUACAAUAAGUUUAAGUGCCGCAUUUUGAACGAGAAGGUUAACACUCCAACCACCACGAUUUACAGGUGCGGCCCACUCAUCGACCUUUGUAAAGGCCCCCACGUGAGACACACCGGAAAAAUCAAAACCAUAAAAAUUUUCAAGAAUUCCUCCACCUACUGGGAGGGCAGCCCCGCCAUGGAAGCGCUGCAGCGGGUCUACGGGAUCUCCUUCCCCGAGAGCAAGAUGAUGAGAGCCUGGGAGAAGGCCCAGGAGGAGGCCAAGAGCCGGGACCACAGGCGAAUCGGGAAGGACCAAGAGCUUUUCUUUUUCCACGACCUGAGUCCGGGCAGCUGUUUCUUCCUUCCCAGGGGCGCCUUCGUCUAUAACACACUGAUGGAUUUCAUCCGAGAGGAGUAUUACCGCCGGGACUUCACGGAAGUGCUCUCUCCCAACGUGCUCAACAGUAAACUCUGGGAGGCCUCGGGCCACUGGCAGCACUACAGCCAGGACAUGUUCACCUUCCAUGUGGACAAGGACACGUUUGCCCUUAAACCCAUGAACUGCCCAGGGCACUGUCUCAUGUUUGCCCACCGCCCGCGGUCUUGGAGGGAAAUGCCCAUUCGAUUUGCCGACUUUGGGGUUCUUCAUAGAAACGAGCUGUCGGGAACCUUGAGUGGCCUGACCCGGGUUCGACGCUUCCAGCAGGACGACGCCCACAUCUUCUGCACCGUGGAGCAGAUUGAGGAGGAAAUCCGGGGGUGUCUGCAGUUCUUACAGUCUGUUUACUCCACAUUCGGCUUCUCCUUUCAACUAAAUCUGUCAACACGGCCGGAGAACUUCCUAGGCGAGCUCGAGUUAUGGGACGAGGCUGAAAAGCAACUGCAGAAGAGCUUGAUGGAAUUUGGAAAACCAUGGAAGCUAAACCCAGGAGAUGGAGCAUUUUAUGGCCCUAAAAUUGACAUCAACAUCAAGGACGCCCUGGGCAGGUCCCAUCAGUGUGCGACCAUCCAGCUGGACUUCCAGCUCCCGCGGAGGUUUCAUCUCACGUAUGUCAGUAAGGACGGGGAUGACAAGAAGAGCCCUGUGAUCAUUCAUCGAGCCAUUCUGGGCUCAGUGGAGAGAAUGAUAGCCAUCCUGUCGGAAAACUAUGGGGGGAAGUGGCCUUUCUGGCUGUCUCCGCGUCAGGUGAUGGUCAUCCCUGUGGGGCCGACUUGUGACAAGUAUGCACUUCAGGUGUCCAGCACAUUUUUUGAAGAAGGAUUCAUGGCCGACGUCGAUUUAGAUCAUAGCUGUACACUCAAUAAGAAAAUCCGAAACGCACAGCUGGCUCAGUAUAAUUUUAUUUUGGUGGUUGGAGAAAAGGAAAAAGCAAACAAUGCUGUCAAUGUUAGAACAAGGGACAACAGAAUUCAUGGAGAGAUGUCACUCGCUUCUGCCAUAGAUAAAUUGAAGAAUCUCAAGAAAUCGCGGACACUAAAUGCUGAGGAAGAAUUCUGAAGUCCUUCCUUGCUCUCCCUUCUGUGUAAUCUUGUUUUGACACCCUCCCAAAAAAAUGCAUUUUUCGUAAUUAAAGUUAGUACUUCUGAGAACUUUGGGCCCACUGACGGUUCCUCUGCCGGGGACAGUGGAAGAGGAGGCAAUGAAUGAGUAGCCGAUAUGUAUGAAGUUUAAUUCACUAAUGUGUCUGAGAACAAGCUUGGGGAAAUUUUUAAUUUCCCAAAUGCCUUGAGAGACUUAUAUGGGAAAAUGUUAUUCAUUGAAAAAAAGGGAAAUACCAGGAAAUGAGGAUUAUGAAGUGUUAUUGCUAAGAUUUGUGAUUUUCAAAAUACAGGUUUUAAAUAAAAGUCUGCAAGCUCUUUAGAA